GUUCUCCUCCCUGACAGGAAGUAAGGGCAAUGGCUUCCGAGAGCUAGGGCCCCGUAGCGGCUCCUCCUCCGAGGAACCCCAGAACAUCUAUGAUUCAGCCCAUACCUAAACAAGAAAACACUUUCAAAAACAUCCUGGAGAAGUGCUCACCCAGCUUUUGCUUGAAGGCCUUGAGUGAGAUGGAACUAACUGCUAAAUUGUAAUGAGUAUGUGUUUGAAUACUGCAGAAUUCUUUUAGUGAGAGUUCUAAAAUGAUACCAGGUUGCAAUUAAUGCAAGCAAAAAUUCAAUUAAUGUGACACAUGGGAGGAAGCCAAUGCUGUUAAAUACCACUAAAUCAUCAUUCUGUACUUAGCUAUCAUUAAGUGUAGAUGUGAUGUGCCAUUGCAUACCAUAAUCAACAGUUUUGUUAAUUUUUCAAAAAAAGAGCCCUUAAUAAAAUGGACAAAAGGAAAAAUACUUCAGAUGGCAACACUGCCAGCACAAAAAAGAAGAGACUUGUUAUUACAUUAGAACAAAAAUUUGAUGUAAUCGAACGGCAUGAACGUGGUCAUAGUAACUCUAAAAUAGGAAGAGAUAUAGGAAUGCCUGAAUCUACAGUACGGAAUAUUAUAAAACAUGCAGGUGAAAUUAAAAAAAAAGGCAAAGUUGCAUCAACUUUUUGUGGUUUGCAAACAACUACGAGAAACAGAAGUAUUACGAUGAUAGAAAUGGAGCGUCUGUUAGCUGUAUGGAUUGAAGACUGCAACCAAAAAUGCAUUCCUCUUACCAGAGCGGCCAUUCAGACAAAAGCUUCAAGUUUAUUUAAGGCAGUUAAAGAAAAUGGAAAUGAAAUGGAUAGUGAAGAAACAUUUGCUGCAAGUGUUGGUUGGUUUAAUCGCUUUAAAAAUCGACUUCAAUUGCAUAAUGCUAAAAUUACCAGAGAGGCAGCCAGUGCAGAUAAGGACACCACGGUGUGGAAGCACAUUUUGCCACACUCUACAAAUAGUAAUUUUGAGGGUUUCCCCCCUCAAAAACAGACUGUUAUAGAAGAAAUAACAAACAUUGGCAGAAAGCUUGGUUUUGAUGAACUAGAAAAUGGUGAUGUCCGAGAAUUGCUCAUUUCACACUCAGAAGAGUUGGCCGAUAAUGAUCUUCAUUUAGAACAACAACAAGUGUUUGAAGAAGCCGAGAAUGAUGCCAAAGAAUCAGAUAAUAUGCAGAUGAAGGAGUUCACUCUCAAGGAAUUUGAAGAUAUUUUUCGAGCUGUAGAAGUCAUGAAGCAAAAAAUUAUCAAUGCUGAUCCUAACGUCAGUCGAAGUAUACAAAUUCGCCAAGAUGUGGAUAAAGCUCUCUGUACCUACCAGCAUAUGUAUGAGGAUUUAAAGAAAAAGACAGUUCAGCCUGCUCUGCUAAACUAUAUUAAACAAGAAUAAAGACAUUUUUGUCAUCUCAUUGUAGGCUUAUCAUUAGAUAUAGUCAAUAAUUUUUAAAUUUUGCGUUCUAGUGUUCCUUUGUAAUAAACUCAAAUUAGAAAUACAUUUUUUGCUAUUAGGUUAAUAAAGAGAUUAAAAAACUUAUUUUUAAAAAUUUCAUUACACAUUUCCAUUGGGCUAGAACCACUUAUCUAUUUUACAUGAUUAUAACAUUCAGUAGUGUAAAUUUAGACUGUGUUACCACUUUACAGGAUUUCAUUAUUGGGAUCUAGCUGUACCUCUUUAAUGUCCAAGAACCUGAGUUGAACCUUGAAAAAAUCUGUUUAAUCAGAGGUAGAAGUAAGGAGGUUAUGAUGGACUGCUUGUGUAAAAAUAUGGAGAUGGGUUUUAUGUAACAGUAGGACAGCUGAGCUGGAACAUAGCGUUCAAAAGGGGGGGCAAAAGUAAAUUUGGGAAGGGAAGUUGGAGUUAAGCCAUAGAUAAUUUUAAAUUUUAGAUUGAGAAGUCUGUAUUUUAUGCUAGAAAUAAUAGUAAGAUGUUGACGAUUUUUGAGCAGGCAAGUGACAUAGACAUAGACUUAACACUUUAGUGUCCUUUUGCUUAAGCAUUUUCUUCUCCAGGAUAUACAUCAUCUCUCUAAGGUUCUGUUCUAGGUCCAUAACCUCAUUGACUCCCAUGGGUCUAGCCAUCGUCUCAAUAUCCUUUGUAAGAUGUAGCAUUCAGAACUGAAAACAGUACUCCAGAUGUGAUCUGGCCAGAAUAAAUACAGCAAAAUGAUAACCCACCCUGGUCUGGAUACUUGGCCUCUCUUAAUCAAAACCCCCAAUCAUUUUUAAACUGACCACUAUCUGGCUAUAUCUCCCUUAAUUUCUAUUUGUGAAGUAGCUUUUUUUGAAACCAAGCAUUGAGACUUUAUAUUUAUCUCUACUAAAUUUCAUAUUACUAGGUUAGAACUAGCAUUUUAGUCCAUCAAGAUCUUUUUGCAUUGAGUUUUGUGUUAACUCUCCUUUUAAACUUUGUGUCACCUAUAUAUUUAAUAAUCAACACCACUCUUUCAGCCAAGUCAUUGGUAAAAAACAUUAAGCAGAACAGGGUCAAGACAGACUCUGGGACCUUACGUUAGAGAUUUCCUUCCAAGGUGAUAAAGAGCUGUUAGUACAAUGUACUUUUGGGGUUUGGCAAUUCAGUCGGUACCUACCUUACAGAUUAACUGUAACUAGAGUCAUUUGGCUGUCUUUUCUGCAAGUAUUGCAGGAAAAAUUUUGUCAAACUGUUAAAAUGUAGGCAAACUGACUUCCUCCUGAUUCAUCAGUUUAAUAGCUUUGUAAAAAAAAAAAAAGUCUGCCAUGACCUAUUUUUGGUGAGGCCGUUCUGACUUGUGAUCAUUGCUGCUUUUUUUCUAGGUUUAGCAAGAUGGUGGAAUAAAUAAAUGGUUCUCAGUGUAACUUCCAAA